AUGGCCGUCCCGACUGUCCAGAUGCAAGCGACGAAUAAGAAAAAUUGUGCCGAGAGAAGAGCACAUUUCCAUGUAAAGGCUAUGGAGAAUGCGUGCUAUGGUCAUGGGUCCGAGACGGGCAGUCGCAAUGCCUUGACGGGUCUGAUGAAAACGUGUGAAAAGUCCCUCCGAGAAGCGAUCAGCCAAAAAAUCGGACAAUCCGACGCUGGGUGCAAAUGUACGGCUGGCGAGAUGCCGGAUUUGAAAGGGAAAUGUAGAGCCGUCAACGUCUCCAUCGUCUCUACCCCAGAUCCAGAUCCGCCCUGUGGCUCUGACAAAUGGGAUGGCUUUAGUGAGAAUGACAAGAGAAAUUUCCUAGGGCUAAAGUUGAGUUCACUUGGCAACUUUCCAAAAUGUGUUGCGGCUUUGGAGAAUGGGAAGGUUUUGAUACGGAUGGCGUGUGGAAAUGCUCCUUGUGAUUUGAAUAUUUUGAACGAUCGCCUUGUGAAAAAUGCUAAUGCUUCUAUUCUUGGAAUCCCAGCUUUGGAUGCAGCUUUUACAAAAUCUAGAUUGUCUUUUGAAGAGGCGAAACAAUGCGAGGAUGAGAAAUUAAAUGAUUGUCACGAAAAUGCAAAGUGUUUAGCGAACGGGUUAUCUUAUAGUUGUACGUGUAAAGACGGGACAAACGAUACCAUGCCGGAACGACCGGGACGGUUUUGCUUUGGGAUUCCGGAUGAGGAUAACUGUGUUUUAUUAUUUGACGUGUGCUUGAUCUUCUGGAUAUUCUGCCUAAUCGGAGCGUUGUUUCUCAUUCCGUUACUAUACAUGUGUUGCACCGGGAUUGUUAAAAAAUGGAAGAAGCGGAAACGGGGGAAGGUGUCGCCGAAUGUUGCGUUUAAUACGAAACCAACUGUGAUCACCCUCGACAAUUUUGAGCAAACAAACACGGCUAGGCUAUUACGACAAGCUUUAGGUCCGAGAGCUUCAGGUGUAAUCGCUAGUGGAAAAGCGCUUCAAAAUAUGCAACUAAAAGGGAUUCUAAAACCCAGUGAGAAUGGCUACUUCUUUGAGGAUGACCACGAAUUGGAGGCGAUGACACAGCCAGCUACAGUAGCUUCUACAGCAAUACCAUCACCAGUUGAUACCUCUCCUCAUCCUACUGAACCUCCGACAGCCAGAUCAGCCUCGGCCCCGCCGAAUAAAGACCAACCCCUCGAUGAUGACCGGAAGUCUCUACAUCAAAGCAGUUCCUCCCCAAGAUUGGCCGAAAUCGCAGGCAGCCCGCCGCUAAUGCGCUCUCACUCGGUUCAACCACGCGUCGGUUCCGCCCAAAGUGCCGGAGCUGUCGCAGCCGGUGCAGCAGCCGUGGUAGCAACAGCCCUCGGCAAAUCUCAAGCCCAAACCGCUCCCGCUUCGCCGGUUUUUUCGAUUCGGUCCCUCCAGGUGCCGGCCACCUCUAAAACGGCCCCUCCAACUCCGCAAGUGAAAGAAGAGCCGCCCUCCUUCGCACCCCUGGCCUUGUCGAAUUCGUUGGCUGAUCUGCAGACCCGGGAGUUGAUCCAGUCCCCGGCACCCUCCGUCGUCUCAAAAGCCUCUCGACAUGGGCAACCAACAAUCUGGGAAACCUAUCGAGUCCUCGGAGAUCAGUAUGCAAAACCAGAAUCAGCCCGACCGGACUCGUCGGAUUCGCUGGACAAACUUAUAAAAGAUCGAUAUCCAACCCCUCCUCAACCUGAAGUAGUACCACAAGCCGCGCCAAUAGUCGAACCAAUUGGAGCUCCAUCUUCCCCCGCACCUCCUUUAAUUAAAAAACAGCAAAGUCAAGCGGAAAAGCUAGCAGAAAUGCUUGGGGUUGAAGUGAGCCCAUCAACCGAAGAAACAACAUCAAAAGAGGAAGGAGCUCCAGUGGAGCAAGUUGAGAGACCGACAAAACUACCCGAGCCUGAAGAUGAUGAAGCUGCAUUGAUUGAACUAUCGGAGCAUGGGGGAAAAAUUUUGAUUCCUCUCGAAAAAUCAAAACAUGAAGUAGUUGAAAUGGAACAAACGAAAGAAGAUUCGGACAAAUCUUCGAUAAAAUCGGAUGCUUCAUCAGAAGCUGCCAAGAAAGGGCCAACGUUCACGAAGAAGCGGGUAGAUGAACUGAAAAAAGAGCGCACAAAGUUGCCUGUCAAAAAGGAUUUGUUUAUACCGAAGGGACUUCCGCAACGAAGGUUUGAUACCUCCCGCUCAAGGCUGCCACAACCAUCUGUUUCUAUUUAUCAGAGAAGGCCAUUAUUGAGAGAGUCGAGUACUGAUGAGGGAAGUGAUAUGGAGGUGGCGAUAAAACAAUUUGAGGAUGCUGUGCAAACUGGAGGUUUUGGCUAUCAAAGUCGAAGACGUGCGCAUCGAAGAUCACCCGAACGUCAAUUAUCGUCAAUUUCCGAGAAAAGCGGAGAGAUUGCGGAUGCGGCACUAGAGACCCCAAUGGACUAUACUCUAUCCGCCCCAACCACAACACGAGACAGCUUCUACCUCCAAGCCCCUGCCUAUCGACGAAGUCCAUUGGCAAGGCGAGCACACCUCCUCGCAUCUGAAGGUCCGUCAUCAGACCCUGAUAUCCCACCGGAAAUGACGCCAACAAGUACAAGAUCUAGGAGAAGCAGAUCUCCGCAUCGCUCACCUGAACGAGUGGAGCCCAGAAGAGAUCUGAGAAUCGAGAGAGCUAGGGUGAAACCGAUAAAAAUGCCGCCAAGACCGGAAAUCGCUCCUCCGUCUCAGCCUCGGGAGACAUCGGCGCUUGGCUUUUUGCCAGCGGCUGAUGAGGGGCGGUCUGAAGUUAGGGCGAGACAUGAGAGCAGAGGACUUAGUCAACCCUCUACCAGCAGCGGACCUUUGCAUGGAAUAUUGGUGAAGCGAGAGCGCCGACCCCGAGGUGUUGUCAGCGCCAGAGAAUGCGGAGCGGCUUGUAGAUGGUGUCAGCACGAUGAGAAUAGUGACUCCAGCGCUUAUUACAUGCCUGGGAUACGCUCCAGAAAAGAUCCUGGCUUUUACUCUGCUAGAGCACGAUCUGGGUCGCCAGGACAAGCAAAGACCGCUCAUUCUACCAGCAGUCUACGCGGCUCCCAUACGGAUCUCUCCCCAUAUUUCAGCCCGGUGCGUGACUCGAGAAAACCACAUAAAGAGGGUCUUUGGUGGGGCCAUCCGCAUGCA